GCUGCAGCACUCUCAAACCAGACCUACCUGGCAGGCUCACCAUGCUCAGGCCUCGCACACUUCAGCAGCUCAUCUCCUGCAUGCUGUUGCUCCUCGCCUCCCUCUCCAGCUCAGGGGAGAGCCGGCCUCACGUGGCCCACCAAGGCACACCUGAUGUGGACAGAACGGACAGCCACAGAGUCCUGCUUCUGAAGGCGGUGAAGACGGGGAUCCUCGGCUCAUUGGGUAUGGACAGGGAGCCCAGGCUAACUCAAAAAGCCUCGGAGGAAGAGCUGAGAAAGAUGUAUCAGCUCUACAGGGAAAAACAGAGAGAGAUGAGAGGAAAUUCCAGCCAGCCGAUGAGGGAAACCUGGCAAUCCACCCUGUCUACUGUGCUCUUUCCAGCUACAGUGGAGCCAAUGAAAGUGGUUGGGAGGGGAGCACACCCACAACGCAUGUAUUGGUACAGAGCUGUUUUCCACAAGAACCCCAAUAUCCAGACUGAACUGACACUAGCUCGGGCCGAGCUGAAGAUUUCCAGGCAGAUUUUAAAUAAACCCAUCUCAGUUCAGCCUGACGUAAGACGAGAAAUUAAAGUUAAAGUCAACCGGAUGAAGCCGACGAACUCCGCUGCAUGGACACAUGGAGACUCUCCAGCGAGUGCCAAUGCGUCACGCACUCAAGACGUGGUGCUGGACGUCAGCCCUGAGGUGGAGAGGUGGAUGAGGACUAAUGAUGGAGAGGCACUGUUAGUGGAUGUUGGGACAGUUGUGGGUGACAAAGAUGCCGUCAAGGCAAAUCCAAGCAUUUCUCUGGAGUUAGGCCUCACACAGCCCAAACCAGCCGGGAAGACGAGACUGCCUCGCUCCAACAAGGAGGACGCCUGCGACGAGCGAGGAUGGUGCUGCCGGAAGUCUGUCACCGUGUCCUUUAGAGACAUUGGCUGGACGGACUGGGUGGUGGCCCCAACUGAGUACACGAUGCAUUUCUGCGACGGCACCUGCCCCCAUAACUACAAGCCUGCAAGCAUGCACACGCAGGUGAAGUCUCGGCUGCAUCAGAUUACCAAUGGAGGGUCACCACGCCCCUGCUGCGUGCCGGCCGCCUAUGAGCCCAUGGUCCUCAUGCACUAUGACAGUAAGGGAAAGUUGAAGCUGACUGCUUUCGACGACUUGAUUGUCAGUAAAUGUCACUGUGCCUGAGGAACUGGGCUUUUUCUUUUCUUUUUUUUUAAACCUUUGGGUGAGCCACUAAAAAAAAUGCUACAUGCCUAUUAUGUUCUCAAAGGAUCGUGUAUCACAGCUGCAUAAAUUAGUGUUUUUCACAGGUUAACUAAAUUAAAAUUGCAACUUUAUUGUGAAGAAAAACACGUUACUGCGGCACAGAGUUUUGUAUUGCAUUGCGGAUCGAGCAGUGGAUCUGUUCAUUCAUAGUUGUAUUUAUUUAAAGUUCUAUUUAUGGUCCUGAAGUUACCAUUUUGGGGUUUUAUUUUUGUUGUUUUAUGUUACAGCAUGUUUCAGUACCAUUCAAUGUCAUUCUCACUUGUUUAUUUAAAGCACUGUAUUGUUUUAAGAGGCACAUGGUUUAGAUAUAUUUUGUUUGUCGUCUUACACAUUUCAAUAAUUAUAUGAAGACCUAAAUAAAUGUUCUGAUGUAUUCACACUGAACUGAUGCACUUGAAUAUGUCAACAUGUACAUUUCAUA